CUCCCCCUUUUUCCUUUUUGUUUUUCCCCCUUUUUCUCCGCAGCGCCUUCCAAAGCAGAAAUCCAGUCCCGAAUCCAUUCAGUUUGAAUACCAAGGGGAAAUCUUCUUCUAACAUUUCCCAAGGAUAACAAUCAAAGACGAUAUUCAAAUACAGCAAAACCAAAAAUAUCAAUCUUCGCGCCAUCUAUAUUCCUUUUCAAUUGCUCAUCCUCCAACGCUAUAGUUCCGAUUGCAGUUUGGAAUCCAUGGCUGCCGCUUAUGCGGCUUGUCGGAGGGUAGCUGCAUCAGCUAACCGUUCCAAAACCACCUUUUUCCAAUCCGGAUCUCCACUUUCCUGUCCGUCGGACUCCCGCUCCAUCUCCCAGCUCGUUAAUUCCAACGGCAGGCGCGUCUUUCUCGUCGACACCUUAGCUCUUGUUAGGAGAUUGGAAUUGCAAGGUGUGCCUUCAAAGCAUGCUGAGGCCAUGACCGGAGCUAUAAUCGAUGUGCUGAAUGACAGCUUAGAGAAUGUUUCUAAGUCUUUGGUUUCUAAAGCUGAAAUGCAGAAAAUGGAGAUGAUGCAAGAAGCUAGUGUAUCCAAAUUCAAGACUGAAGUUAUGAGCUCUCAGGGACACCAUUUUUCUCUGCUGCAACACGAGACUGAAAAAAUGAAGGGUGACAUUGAGAAAAUGCGUGGCGAGUUAAGGCAUGAAAUUGACAAAGUCACUGCCGGGCUGCGUUUGGACCUGAAUCUUGAGAGGGGGAGAAUGCGGGAUGAGCUGGCAAAUCAGAAUCAAGAAACAACUAACCUUACUAACAAACUUGAUCGUGUAUGUAUAAAGCAUGACGUUUAAGUUGCUUUUGGUAAAAAUGGUCGAAGUAUUUGCUACAUCGAUGCACUCCCUUUUCUUAUUUGUCUGUACAAUUUCAGGAAAUUCAUGAGCUAAGGGCUCAGUUAGAGGGAGCGAAAUAUGAAGUCAUCAAGUACUGCAUUGGAACCAUUGUUUCUAUAUCUGCUGUAGGGCUGGCUGGUAUCCGUCUCUUGAUGUAAGCCUGAACAACGUAUUUAAUUCUUUCGUGAUGCCUUCGAAGAAAAUGAAAGAAAAUAAAAGGAGAUAAGCACUGGAGAUUGAUAGACAGUAGCCAAAACAGGGCAUGGUAUUGUGUUGUAGUACUGAUUAGAUAGUCUUUUUUUCUACAGUUUCAUAACAUGGUCAUAUUUGUAGACAUGUUUGUGUUAGAAAAAGGAAAAAAAAAAAAGAGAGAAUUUGUUUUGCUCUUUUAAGUUUUAACUUCACUUCGUUUACUACUUUGGUCAUGUGUGGCUUGCCAUAAAAUCCAGGUUAUGUGUAAAGAUAAGUGUAAAUGUGGACAACUAUUUUGGGACGGUUUCUAUUUUAUGUCCUAUUUGUUCUCUGGGAAACAAUACAUAGGCUCUAAAUGAGAAGGAAAUACACAGGGCAUGAUCACCAC